AUGCCUGACUUUGGAUACUCAUACCAGUUUGUGGAACGCUCAAUUCGUCUAGGGUUGCUCCAGGAGUUAAAUAAGUUCUUGGUUGGAAUGCCUCGUGGAAGUGUCAGGCAACCCACCAUGGGCCCGGCAAAGAGGUAUAGAGAGCCAUUUACAGCUAAAGAUGACCAGAUUUUAUACGAUUGGAUGAAACCUUUUGAGCAGGCAGGUGGAGCAGUGUCAGGAAACAAGAUAUAUCAAAAAUUAGAAGCACAACACCCAAGCCAUACAUGGCAAUCAUGGCGUGAGCGAUAUCUAAAAAAGGUUCGGGGCCUUCCGCGACCAGGAUCAGCUCAUACGGGGCCUGAUAGUUCUACCCCAGGACAAUCAGGGCCACAGCCAGAGACCCCUAAACUCUCUAUACCCACCAGUCAGCUGCAAUAUGGUGGUUUUACUGAAAGAGAUAUGGAGCUUCUUCUCCGAAAUGCACCACGUAUUCUAAUGGUUUCCCCCGAUGCGGAAGAUGAGAUGUGGUCUGAGAUUGCUGAAAACGAGGAUAAACAUUCAGCAAUGGAAUGGAAGAAUUAUUUUCAUACUUUUGUUCGCCCUAUCUAUGAAUCAAAACUGAAGAACAAGAAGAAUACAAAGUCAAGGCACAGCAAUAUUUCGGGUACCACAGAAAGAAUACAUGCAGAUGCCGACACUAUGAGUGAUGAGCAAAAGGGGGGAAUAGGGGGUGAUAUACAAAUGCCGAAAGGGAAAAGGAGACGCACUCUUCCUGGCAGUUUCAGGCCCGCAGACCUCCCUACAAGAGUAGAUGACCAGAAUCAAAACAAAAGACGAGCCACAGGGUCCAGUCCAUCUCAAAGUUUUACUGUAAAUCAAUUGACCGUGUCAUCAUCAUUACCUACCACCACCAGGCCCGGAAUACACGAACCAGAUAUGCGCUCUCAACGAUACGAAACUACUUCCGAAGCCAUUGCACAAAAACAAAAACAAAGUUCACCGUUAGUACCGAGGACACAAACUACCAAUGUUGAAGAACAUAGUCCUAUGGAAGAUGGGGCCCAAGAGGUUGACGAGUGGAUUAGGUCUCGCGUUCAGCGUAGUCAGGGUUUGUUAUCUGAGGACCAAGUUCGAAAAGCUCUUCGGUGCACAACCAUGGACGACGUGCUUGCUGACAAAGUACUCGGGUAUUUCCAGGCAGGGAAAGGCAUUCCCACUAAUAUGAGGGGAGUCUGGACCGAAGAGGAUGAUGCUGCUAUUCAAGGAGAGGACCCCAGAGCUAUUGCCCACGUUGAAGAAAAACACGGCAGAGAGGAAUUUGACGCUCGGUUUGAACAUCUAAUGGAGUUAUGUGAAGAGCUCUAUGGGGCACUAUAUUUAACGGAUAAAGCGUAUACAAUUCCACCAGACAAUUGGCUACCCCUAUAG